UUUCUGUUUCUCAUUGGAUAUUUGUUAAGAUGAAGUGAAAGUGAAUGUUUAGAGUUUGCUGUAACUCUUUCUAGAGUCUGUUUGUCUCGUUCCAUCAUCUCUUGUGUUUCUGAUCAGGGUGAAUCUGCUGCUGAUGCUGGGUUUGAUCACUUACAGCGCUCAGUUUAAAACCUCCUCUAUAUCUGUGUCAGGAGAAAAGAGAGGAAACAUCACAGUCAGAUGUGAACAUGAGGACGAUAAUAUUGAUCUGAUUGAUUUAUUCACUCGGUCAAGAGUCAUAUCUGUGUGUGAGACUGAAGAAUGUAGUGGACGAGUGUUUAAAGAAGGAAACUGUGACGUCGUCAUCAAGAAUCUGAUCUUCAGUGACGCUGGGAAAUACACUUUGAGAAUCUAUUACAAUAAUGAUCAGACAGAGCUGAAGUACCAUCUUCAUAUUCAUGAUGAGAUUUCUGUGAAAACAGGCGAGGAGCUAAAGAUGUCUGUUCUGGUGUCUGAUGCUGAUAAAGUGAAGACAAACUCUAGUGGAGAGUGGAAGGAGGUUUGGACGAGAGAUCACGGGGUUCAGAGCGACCGAAUGAAUAAUGAUGAUAAUGAUGGAAACCUGAUCAUUAAAUCAUUUCUGGACAGUGAUGCAGGAACAUACAGAGUUCUGGACACUGAAGGAGAAAUCUUGAUCACAGUCACAGUCACAGAAUCAAAGGAAACACUGGAGCACACUGAUGACAGUAAAUCUGACGGUGAGUGAAACAGGAGGCAUCGAGAGCUUCACAAAUCUGUUAAAGAGUGAAUGUCAAACUAAAAGAAGUGCUCUGUCUCUACUUCUCUCUUCAGCUGUCGUCUCUUGGAUUGCACUGACUGUGGUUGUGCUUCUGCUGGCUCUGAUUCUGACUGCUGUCACGUUACACAAGCGUCUGCUCAGAGGUUAUACCUGCGCUGUCUCUCCAGAAGCACUGAGGGCCCAUAAUGAUGUCUGCUGAGGGCCCCACAGACUCUGAUUAAACUGGAGAGAUGUGCAGGACAUUAGUGACCUCACUGCUGGACACUGAACUCACCAACACUUCAACAGAAACAGCACACACUUCACAACUGCAGAAACGGUUAGAAACAAUAUGUGUUCAAGAACUGGCUCCAAAUAUC